AUGGUGGAGCUUCUUGCUGAAUUCAAUCCUGAUAUUGCCAAAUGUGUGUUGGCGAAUGCUCCAUAUGGUUCUAAAUACACAUCACCAGAAAUUCAGAAGGAGAUCUUGAGUAUAUUUGCAUCUAAAAUCAGGAAUCAUAUCCGUGAGGAAAUUGGGGAUUCUAAGUUCUCUAUAUUAGUGGAUGAAACAUGUGAUGUAGCAAAGAGAGAGCAAAUGGCUCUGGUUCUUAGAUUUGCUGAUAAAGGUGGUAUUUUGCAAGAGAGGUUCUUUGACUUGAUACAUGUAGCAAACACAAGGUCUUUGACACUUAAAGACAAAUUGAGUUUUGCUUUAACCAACCAUGGUUUUGACAUUCAGAACCUUCGGGGACAAGGUUAUGAUGGUGCUAGCAACAUGAGAGGUGACUUGAAUGGACUUCAAGCUCUUUUCCUCCAAGAAUGUCCAUAUGCUUAUUAUGUCCAUUGUUAUGCCCAUUGUUAUGCCCAUCGCUUGCAACUUGCUCUUGUUGAUGCAUCCAAAGAAGUGGUUUCUAUUUCUCAGUUCUUCCAAAAACUGCUCUAUAUCAUAAACACCGUUGACUCAUCUUCAAAGCGACAUGAUCAGCUCCAUCAAGCCCAACUAGUUGAACUUGAAAAUGCAAUUGCUAAUGCCAAUAUUGAGACAGGACAAGGGGCAAAUCAGAUUCAUACUCUUAAGCGACCAGGAGACACAAGGUGGGGUUCUCAUUUUGGUUCAGUUUACAGCCUUAUGAAGAUGUUUGGUGCUGUUUUUUCUGUCAUCCAAGAUAUAGCAGCCGAUAGAUCAAUUGGCUCAUUGCGUGCAGAUGCCGACACUUGUUUCGGCUACUUGUCCUCCUUCGAGUUCAUAUUUAACUUGUGUUUGAUGAAGGAGAUAUUUGAGAUAACCGAAGUGCUUGGCCAAGCUUUACAGAAGAAGUCACAAGAUAUUGUGAAUGCUGUUCGUUUAGUCUCCUCAACUAAAGAGUGUCUCCAACAACUAAGAUCAGAUGAUGGCUACCAAGAAUUUAUUGUCACAGUUGUUGAGUUCUGCACAAACCACUCCAUUGUCAUUCCUGACUUUGAGGAAGCUUACAUCAUGCGUGGUGGCCGUGCCCGCCAUCAACCCAAUCAGCUAACCAAGGAGCAUUACUUUCGAGUCGAAAUAUUCUAUGCAACACUGGACACUCAACUAUUUGAACUAAAUCAUAGGUUCAAUGAGAAGUUUCUACGGCGAGUGCUGAGCGUGCAUUUUCCAGUAUGAAGAUCAUUAAAACAAGGUUGCGCAAUACAAUGGAGGAUGACUUUCUUGCCAAUAACUUGUUAGUUAACAUAGAGGGUGAACUUCUGGAGAAGUACAGCUAUGAAGAUAUCAUUGAAGAUUUCAAAUGCGCGAAGGAACGGAAUGCUGAUUUGUAGUAUGUAACUCCACACAACUUUGCCUGAUGGUCAAAUGGUAUGGCUUAUUUUGGUUUGGAGUAGUAUAUAUGGUCAAAUGUUAUGGCUUAUUUUGGUCUCGGUAGUAUAUAUGUAUAUAUAUGCAUCUGCUCAUCUUGUAUUCAAUGUGAACAGAAGGUGUACUGACUAUAUCUAUUGAAAGUAUAUAUGCUUUAGAAUUUGAA